UCUCUGAGCUCAUGUAAACAAACACACUGAGCAUGCGUUACUGGAAUAAUGGGGUACUGUCUUCGGCACUCCGACUGAUGAUGUCUGUAUUUCUGCUCCACUACCAGUGACUUGAGGAGAAAACCUGCCCGUCAACAUUUCAGCGUGUAGUAACGAUCGAAACAGAGUAAAGUAACGAUCCCAAGACAAGAUGACCACAGACGCUCAACCCCAAAGUGUAGCCUCAAGGAUCAUGACGUUCACCCCCUCUAAGGAGGAGUUCAAGGACUUCAGCCGUUACAUUGCCUAUAUGGAGUCACAAGGAGCACACAAAGCUGGAAUGGCAAAAGUUAUUCCACCUAAAUGCUGGAAACCUAGACGGACGUAUGAUGAUAUUGAUGAUCUGGUGAUUCCCGCUCCCAUUCAGCAGGUUGUGACGGGCCAGUCAGGAUUGUUCACACAGUACAACAUCCAGAAGAAACCAAUGACCGUUCAUGAGUUCCGCAAGACCUCCAACAUGGAAAAAUUUUGCAACCCCAGAUAUAAGGAUUUUGAGGAACUGGAGAGGAAGUUUUGGAAGAACCUGACCUUCAAUCCUCCACUUUAUGGGGCGGAUGUCAGUGGAACGCUGUAUGAUCCAGAUGUGACAGAAUGGAACAUUGGGCGUCUCAACACAAUUCUGGACACUGUGGAGAGUGACAGUGGGAUCAAGAUCAAAGGAGUCAACACACCAUACCUGUAUUUUGGGAUGUGGAAGAGUGCCUUUGCAUGGCACACCGAGGACAUGGAUCUGUACAGCAUCAACUAUCUGCAUUUCGGAGAGCCCAAGUCCUGGUAUGUUGUCCCACCAGAUCAUGGGAAAAGACUCGAACGACUUGCCAAGGGUUUCUUUCCAGGCAACAAUCAGAGCUGUGAAGCCUUCCUCCGCCACAAGAUGACUUUAAUUUCUCCAUCAAUCCUGAAGAAAUACGGCAUACCAUUUGAGAAGGUCACUCAGGAGGCCAAGCAGUUCAUUGUGACCUUCCCGUUUGGCUAUCAUGCAGGCUUUAACCAUGGCUUCAACUGUGCCGAGUCCACCAACUUUGCCACCCAGCGAUGGAUUGAUUACGGCAAACAGGCAACACUGUGUUCGUGCCGCCAGGAUACGGUGAAGAUCUCCAUGGACGUGUUUGUACGGAAGUUUCAGCCGGACCGCUAUAAGUUAUGGAAGGCAGGGAAAGACAACGCUCCCAUCGACCACACCAAAUCCACACCAGAGGCUGCUGAGUUUCUGAAAGACGACCAGACCGAGAGUUCAAAAGAUGAUUCUAGUGAAGCCGGACUUGAGAAUCCCACUGCUCCUGUCCAGAAGGACAAAAGGCCUCAGACUGGGACAAAGCGUCAGCUUGAAGCUGCCGAAGACGUCAAACCUGAGCUCAUUGUGAUGGAGACAGAGGAGGUGGAACCAAAGAGAGUCAGGCUGUCACGCAGAGAGUCUCCAGCUAAAGUCCCGGUCAAGCCAGACAAAGACACAGUGAACAUCAAGCUGGAGCCUAAGAAGGAGAAAGACACCAAGCAACAGUCUAAACCUCAGUCCAGAGCAGGCACCAGGAAAUCUUCUAACAGACGGAGCCCGUCAAAAAGAGACAAGAGUGGAGAAUCGGCCGCAGAAUUCGGUCCUCUGGAGCCUGUUGAGAGACAGGUAGAUACUCUGGGCUCUGAGGAGAUGGGCGGCAGUGUGGAACCUCACAAGCUGUUCCAGAGGACGCUGAGCCCCGCAGACGUCCUGCACGUCCACAGCUAUGCCAAAGGAGACUACGGGGAGGGAGAAGCCACAGCCAAGGAGGAGAAGAAGAGCGAGGGUAGUGACAACGAGUUGGAGAAAGACAACAGACCCGUUAACAAAACACAGGUGGCAGAAGAGGGGGCUGAAGAUGGAGAGGUACUACCAGAGGGUGAUCUAGGACGGCUGCCAGGCCACCAUCCACUCAUAAAGGAUGGCAUGAGUGAUGACGAGGCUCCAGAGGAGAACCCCCCCGUAGAGGAGGGCGGUCUGGAAGGGGAGAGCUGGGCCAAACCCCUGGCUCACCUGUGGCAGAGCCGACCUCCCAACCUGAAGAAAGAGAGGGAGUACAACCAGCGCAUGGGAUCAAAGGCACCAUACUGCUCCAUUUGCAUGUUGUUCCACAUGUACCAGCAGACCGAAUGUGCGAACAAUGAAGACGGUCGCGUCAUUGUGCCCGGUGGGCGGAUGCGGACCAAACCUCUGAUCCCAGAGAUGUGCUUCACCACCACCACAGAGGAAGACUCAGAAUGUGAGCAGCAGCAAGUCACGCCUCAUCUGGAGGAAGAUGGAACCAGCCUCCUCAUCAGCUGCUCUCAGUGCAGCGUCCGCGUCCACACCAGCUGUUACGGUGUGGAUCCAGCCAGUGUGAGCAAGGACUGGAAAUGUGCGCGCUGCAAGGCCAACGCCAUGACUGAGAACUGCUGCUUGUGUUUACUCAGAGGUGGAGCAUUGCAGAAAGCCAACAACAACAAGUGGGUACAUGUGCUGUGUGCUGUUGCUGUGCUGGAAGCACGCUUCGUCAACAUCACUGACAGAAGUCCUGUGGAUUUAAGUGGAAUCCCACUGCAGAGAUUUAAACUGAAAUGUUACUACUGUAAGAAGCGGAUGAAGAAGGCGUCCGGCUGCUGCGUGCAGUGCUCUCAUGGUCGCUGUCCAACUGCCUACCAUCCGACCUGUGCACAGGCUGCUGGGGUACUCAUGCAGCCGGACGAAUGGCCCUUCGUGGUCCACGUAACCUGCUGUCGACACAAAAGCCCCACUCAAAUUGAGCGCAAUAAAGCAGCCAUGCAUGAGCUGACGGUGGGACAGAAGGUGAUAUGCAAGCACAAGAAUGGCCGCUACUACCAGUGUGAUGUGGUGCAGCUGUCCAAAGAGACGUUCUAUGAAGUCAACUUUGAUGAUGGCUCCUUCAGCGACAAUCUCUUCCCUGAAGACAUUGUGAGCAGAGACUGUGCUCAGCUGGGACCCCCGCCCCAGGGUGAAGUGGUUCAGGUGCGUUGGACAGACGGCCUGGUGUACGGGGCCAAGUUUGUGGCUGCUCAUGUCAUCCAAAUGUAUCUGGUGGAGUUUGAGGAUGGGUCGCAGCUAACAGCCAAGAGAGAUGAUGUCUACACUCUGGAUGAGGAACUCCCCAAGAGAGUCAAAUCCAGACUGUCCAAAGCGUCAGACAUGAGAUUUGAUGGGAUCUUUGAGGAGAAGGAGAUCAUCAAGGAGUCAAAGAGACAGAGAGUGAUCAACUCGCGUUACAGGGGGGACUACAUUGAGCCUGUGAUUUACAGAGCCAUCAUGGAGUAACCCCCCCGUCUGCUCACCCACACACCACCAGCACUGACGGACCGGACUCUGUUCACUGUACCUUAACUUAGCAGCUAGCAACUGAGACUGUAGCUUCACAUGACUUCCUUCAAGACCCAUUUUGGACUGUUCUCUCCUUUUUACUCCUCCUUCCUCCAGCUUUGACAAAGUCAGAGAAUUAUGUUUGCUUUGUUUGUUUAACUGUUAUUAAGGAAACAGCAGCUAUGUUAGGUGUUUCCCAUAGGACUCCACGCUGACGUGCAGCCCCUGCAGUAUGUAACAGUAGGAAGCAAUAUAAACUUGGCAUUUGACAUUCAAUAAAGCAGAACUUUAACAGUAAAAAACCAACAACAAAAGACAAGACAGGCAAUAAACUUGAAGUGGACUAAACAUUUCGGUGAACUCUACCACUGGAACGUAAGUUUAAAGGAUAAUAUCAGAAUCAUUUCAUUGUUUUCCUGGUGCCACAAGUGCCUAUGACACAAGAUUAGACAGGUAUCAAAGGAGAAAGAUUUAAUCAUUAGUACCUGUAUAUUUAGAAUUUGUGAGUGACUACAUUGUGCGCUGAUAUGGCUGAAUUAAAGGUUCAGUGGGUUGGAUUUAGUGAUAUCUAGUGGUGGGGGUGCAGAUUGCAACCAACUAUAUACCCCUUGCCUCGUCCUGCCCUUCCGAUUGUACAGGAGAAACUACGCUGGCCUGCAAGAAACAUGAAGGGUUCUCUCCAGAGCCAGUGUUUCGUUUGUCUGCUCUGGGCUACAGGAUAAACAUUGAGACGCAACUUGGUCACAAACGCAACCAUUCUUAGUUCCAGGUAGUUGUACAGUAAUGAAAACAUCUGUAUAGUAAUUUUAUUUCAUAUUUUCCAAUAGAUCCUACUGAAGACUAUUCACUGGACCAUUAAAUCUGCCAAAUUAUUAAUUUAUUAACUUAAUUUUGAGCUGAAACUAUAGAAAGAUCAGUGGUGAUACAUUUUCUGUAAAUUGACUGAUCGAUUAAUCGAACAAUCAUUCUAAAAUUGUUUCCCAUGAAACAUCCCAGGCUAGAUUGGAAUUCUGCCAUGCUAUCUUGAUUAAACACAACUUUGUUUAGGAAUAUGCUCUAUAUCAACAAUAUGUUAACAAAAAAUAAUUUAGGCAUUUAGACUACAUAUUGACUCGUGGCCACUAAGCAGAUGGAGCAAGUCUCUUCUCUGCAGAGGAAAUGGUUGUACAUGGGCGGAUCCUUUGUGUGGGUAUAACUAACCGAUUGUGUAUCCGUUUUGCACCCGCUAAUGUAGGUGUAUGUUACUGUGUUGAUAAUCAAUCUUAAAAUCUGCAUUACUGACUUCAGACCAGUUUUUGUUGGGGGUCAAAAGCACAACUGCUUUCCACUGCCUCAAUAUAGCAAUGCACCAACAAUGAGCCUGACCACAGCUCAGUUUAAGAUCAACACACCCAUGGACGCUCAGAUGGAGAAAUGUGCCGCUCAAACAACUUGUGCGCAGGGCGCGAGAAUUGACAACUGCAUCGGUUUAAAACUAGCAAAGAUAGUGGCGUAGUCCCUGGUGCUGCUUUGCGUCGGGCGUAGUCAGAGACCUAACUCUGUUCUGUACUUCAGUGCAGCAGAAUCUCUAACUAACUAAAUAUAACAAAGACAGCUACUUCGGGGUCAUUGCCUGCUUUGCUCAGUUAGUAAUUUGUCCACGUUGACUGCCAAAUAUCACAUCUAAACCUGGAGCCAUAUUUAUUAUAUAUUAUUUCAUUCAUUUCUGUUAUGUCUCAGGCCAAAUUGGCAACACGCUUCCCACUGGGAACUGUGCAUCUACUGGCAACACAUAGACAUUAAUUAAGGUAAUGCUUCACCCAAAAGCUUUGUACAAGUUAGCUACAGUGCAUACGGACAUUUUUCAAGUUUUCCACAUUUUGUUAUGUUUCAUCUUAAAAUGGAAUUCAAUUCAUUUUUUUUCUCACCAAUCUAUACAAAAUACACCACCACAACAGAGCUAAAAGGUUUUAGGAGUGUCUUAUAAAUGUAUGAAAAAUAAAAGACUGACAUAAUUAUUCAGACCCUUCACUUAGUACUUGGUUAAAGCACCUUUGGGAGCAAUGACAGCCUCAAGUCUUCUUGGGAAUAAUCUUACAAGCUUGGCACACGGGGGCUCCAGACUGCGACCAAAUGGUCACAUAUUGCAUUGGGUCCUUGGUUACCUGUCUGACCAAGGCUCUUCAUCCCUGAUUACUCAGUUUGGCUGGGCAGCCAGAUCUAGGAAGACUGCUGGUGGUUCCAAACCUCUUCCAUUUGAGAAUGUUGGAGGCUGCCGUGCUCUUGGGCACUUUCAGUGCUGCAGAAAUGUUCUUGUAUUCUUCCCCAGUUCUGUCUUGACACAAUCCUGUUUCGCAGGUCUACAGACAAUUCCCUGGACCUCAUGUCUCGGUUUUCACUCUGACAUGCACAGUCAACUGUGGGACCUUAUAUAGACUGGUGUGAGCCUUUCCUGAUUAUGUCCAAUGAAUUCAAUUAAGCACAGUUGGACCCCGAUCAAUGGUCCUUGAGAUGCUUGUACAACUUGUUUGAAGUAGGAUGCACCAGAGCUCAAUUGCAAGUGUCAUAACAAGGGUCUGAAUACUUGGGGGAUUGUUUAUAUUUAAUCAAUUUACAACACACUCCAAAACCCUGUUUGUGCUCUGCCAUUGGAGUAUUGUGUGGGGAUUGGUGAAAAAUAUAACAGAAUGUGGAAAACUUGAAAGGGUCUGGAAACGUUCUGUAUGCACUGUACCUCUGACGGACUCGAAUGAGGUUACAAUGUUUGUUCCCGUUCCUGUGAAUUGUGUGAAUUAGGUCAAAAUUACUCUUUAAUCUUCAUUCAGUCGCUUGUAAAAUUUGGGUACCCCUAGUCCAAAUUUAUGUUACUGUUAAAAGGAAAGCGAGUAAAGAAAAGCUUAUUUCCAAAAGGCAUAAGGUUAAAUUUAUUUAAUAUUUUAUGACCUCCCCUGUCCAUUUGUUUGUUGGUUUGUUUGUUUGUUUGUCAGUCAAAAGGAUAAUUAGGAUAAAUUACUUGUAUAAUGUUUGGGUCAAGAACUGUGAGGACUUUAGCUAAAACCUUCAGUUUGAACCUUGUAGUCCAUUGUGUAGUUCAAGGUGUAUUCAUUAUUACUAUUAUAUUAUUAUUUUAUUUCUAUUUUUUUCAUAGUAUGCAACAGAAAAUGUUUUCUUCUGAUGAGCAAUGGCUGCACAGUAGAACAGCACACCACCUCUCCAUUUGCCCUUGUAGCAAUCCUUUGAGACGUUCUCUGAACAUUUUCUCACUUGGUCUUGUUGGGACAAGGAUUGAGGAGUUUAUAAAUGAAUUCACUGGACCUUUUCCGAUCAAUGGUCGUGAACAAGCCAAAGCCCUAAAACAAAAAAUUAAGUCUUAGACCUUGGUAAAAGUUACGAGAGCUCAAAUCCCCUGCAGGGCCUAAACCCUUUUCAUGGUGCUCCUUUUACUUGUUUUUCCACUCUAAUAUUCUAAUAAUUUUUACAUUUUUAAUACCAAAAUUUUGAUACCACUUUACAUUUGUUUUAAACGAAAGAGUGAGCAAGAUAUGAAUCACGAAGACAGAUGAUUUGCUGUGUAGAGGUCAUGGGAGUUUGAUAUGCAGCACUCAUGUUUUGGACAGUGGAACACACAGAACUUGGUGUGAGAUUAUAACUGAACAUUUCUUUUAUAUUUUACUGUUGCUGUUAAAAAUAAUCACUGUACAACUUCGGUAUAAGUGGUACAUAUGCGCAAAAAUGUGUGAGUGUAAACUUCUGCCCUAGUGUUCCAGGCCACACGGUUGUAACAUAUCAAUACAAAAGCAUAUGGAUGAAGUAUUUCUUUUAUUGGGAACAAUGCCAUUUAAUCCACUGGUGAUGCCUCCUCUGUAACUGUUGACUUCAUUCCUUUACAUUUGAUUUAGUAGAACGGAAUAUAGCUUUUACCUGUGACUUGUUUUCACCAGCCUAUUUAUUAAGGUGCUUUAAGAAAGUGACUUCUGCAUUACAGACAUGGAUCUGCACUAACACUGCAGAGGUCGAGGGUGAUAAUGUAUGUUCUAUUUUUUUCCUACAAAAUAUUGAUGAAUUUUAAAGAAUGCAUUUAGAUUUUUCAUGCACUUUGUGUGCCUGGUUGUUUCCUCACUCUACUGAAAGUUGUGCAUUGCACUUUUUUUCAUUAAGUCCAGUUUGUGAGGACAUUUGAAUAGUUGUGUGUUGCCACUACUUUAGCUAAAGUUAUUUUUUGGAAUGUUUAUGUACAUUUCUAAGAUGUCUUACAGAUUGAGUGCCCCUCUCUCUCAAUCACAUUGCACUUGUUACUGGGGAGUGCUGUUGAAACUGCAGAAAGAGAAAUGCUAGUGUUUUUAGUUGGUCUUUACCAGUGCAGAUACUCUGCUUUCAUCAGUCCAGCGGAGAAUAAAUGUAUUUUAUUCAUAAAAUGUCAACAGAGUUGUACUUGGGGAGGGGGGUUUUCUAUUCUAUUUUACUGCAUUGUUUUGUAAAACAUGUUCUAUGUGUAUUUUCACAGAAACCUGUGAAGUGUCAAUGUCAUGUAUUCUCAUUUUAAGAUGUUACCUGUUGACAAAGGAGAUAAGCUGUCAGUUAAUGUCGUCUCCUGAAGAGAAAUAACUUUACUUCCAGAUCAUCAUUCAAGCAUUUUGUAAAAUUAAUUUGUUUGUUUCAGUAAAGCUAUUUGCUUCAGCGCCA